AUGCGUGAAAAACGAAGCAGUAGCGGAAGUGAAGAGAAAAAGCGAAUAAAAGAGAUCGACGACAAGAGCGAAACACUUCAAAAUGAUGAUUUAGCUUCUGAAGAUUGGGAACCUAAUUGGAUGGAUAACUUGCAAAAGUUACCAGACGAUUUUAGAGCUGUGGAUCCUGAAUCAGAACAAUCUGACACCAAACCAAUCACAACUAAAAAACCUUCAAAUUCCAAGUCCAAGUCCACAGAAAUAAAAGAAAUAGAAAAGGAUAUACUACCGUACGAAGAACGAACUGCCAUCAACGACAAGUUAAUCGCAUACUACAACCGUCGUGAAAGAAUCACCGAUAUGAAUCGCACAGAAUUGAUUCAGGAACUUACCGAUUGCGCAGUUAAUAAAGAUGUUGGUGUAAAUUUGGCGGCUAACUUGCAGAAAUAUCUUAUCAGAAAGUAUAUUCCUAAACAUCCCUUUCUUAUCCGUGCUAUUCAAAAGUGGGUGAAGAAAGAAAUAAAAAUUCGCGGUGAAAUUCCGAUGGAUUAG